UGACAAACAAGAAAGUUAGCGGUGGACGCCCUGCACGCCCCAUGACCUUCACGCUUCGCCUUGAGGCGCUGACGGACAUAAGGGACGCCCUGACUAGGCGUGGUAGUACGCUGACCGCUGUAUCUCAAGUGAAGAGCGCGAAAAAGUAUCGUCUCCAGCUGACAGCAGACCUGUCGGAUCGAACCAGCCGCAGCUGGCGCAGCGACUACAUCAAGUACCCAAAGGGACAAACCAAGGCAUGUGACUGGUCGGCCGAGGCAAAGUGGACUGUUGCCUGGCGUCCAUCUACUUGAAGCGUCAGCGUCGUUUUCUCCGCAGAAGAUGCGAGGCGCGGGAGCAACGACACCCCCCCUCUUCCUUCGCGGGAGAAAAGGCCGCGAGACUGUCAGCCCGCGACCGAGUUCCUCACACCACCUCCAAAACGCCCAGCAUAUGAAGGGACUGGCCGACCGAAGGGAAGCUUCGGCCGGAAGAGUUUGCGUGCAAUGUUGGAUAGAUACAGAGAGCAAGGGGCAGGAGAUAGCUCCUCAGAAUGCUACCACCAUACAGUACCGGAAAACACACCCAAACUCAAGAAAGGAGCGGUGCAGCACCUCACAUUUCAGCCAGAGGGAGAAAACCCGUUCUACGAACCGGGCGCCACCGAUCACGUAGGCAAGGUCAAGGGGAUGAAGCAAAUCCUGUUUCAGAGGGGGCUUUGGAUCGCGGGGAUGAGCAUUGCGUGGGGCAAGAAGGGCCAGAGGCCUAACGAAAAGAUGAGCAUGCCGGCGGUGUUGCGCGUGCAAAAGGAUUUCAAGAGGUCGAAUCUAGCCUAAAGGUUUUGCUGAAGUGCCACGGAGGGGUUGCGCUCAUGCUUCCCAAGUUCCACUGCGAGUUGAACCCGAUCGAGCUUGUGUCGGGUAGAUCCAAGUGGUGGCUCCACAGGCACGGCAAGUACACUAUCGCGUGCUUGCGAGAGAGUGUUCCCAAGAGCUUCGCGGCAGACGACAACUUGACCCUAGCAAUAGUGCAAACGUUCUGCAGGAAGGUAGCCAAUUUCCACACGGUGUACGACGCAGGGUUGAAGGGCGCCGAGGCAGUCAAAGAGCAAAAGAAGUUCAAGUCGCACCGUAAGCCGGCCAUCCAAGUACAAUAACCCCACGUAAUGUGUGCUAAGAGUCGGUAUGUAUGGUGUUCCGAAGGAUGCCGCCGCUGCCUUUGUAGAUGUCUGUUUAUCCGGGGAUUUUGUUGUGCUUCUUUGCUUCAUUUGUUGCUUCCCUGACUGGCUUCAUUUUACCGCCCGGUCGAUCGUAGCGUCAGUGCUUUUGUUGGGCACUGUUCGUAGUAUGUGCGCACGUGUAAAAACGAGGGCGCGGGGUGUUGUGGUGUGUAAAUACCGGGACUUCUCGAU